AUGGUUAAUGUUCCACCUCGUCCCAAAGAAAGAACUGUCACAGAAUAUCAACAAUUAUCUAGGGCAACUCCUGAAAUAAAAAAUUUAGAUCUAUCUACUCCUAAUACUCCGACUCUUCAACCUAUCCCAUCUUCUUCAAUUAUUGAUGUUACAAGGCAACAACAACAACAAUUAUCAUCACCAUCGUCAUUACAGGUCUCUGCUACUAGUUUUUUGGAUCCUCGAACAAAAAAAAUUGUCGCUCUGGAAGCUAACCGUUUGUCAAAAAAAUCCCGUUCUUAUUCAAUGUACACCCUUGCCGAUCAAUUAAAGACCGUUGAAGCAUCACGGUCAUGGUCAUCAUCUUCUCCUCUUCCAAUUACUACCACCACUAAUACUACGACCUCUUCAAAACAGCAAGCAAAAAAUUCAUUACCAUAUCAACUUAAAUGGUUAGAAGAUUUGGCAACACGUGAAUCAAAGAAAUUACAACCUACUAUUACAGAUGCAAAUUCUAUAAGAGCUAAUCCCGUGAGACCAAAAACUUCAGCAGAUUUUCGAAACUAUCAAAAUGAAAAUGAAAAUGAAAAUAUUGAAGAUAUCUUUUCUACUUCACCUCCUUUAUCAUUAUUAAAAUCCAUUAGAAAAAUUGAAAAAAUUGAAAAAAUUGAUAAAAAUGAUUUGGAUAAUUAUAAUCAUCCAAUAACUAAUAGUGGAAUUGGUAAAAGUUCUUUAGUUAGAACGAAAAGUUCCGCUGAUUUACAAAGAUCAAAAAGUUCAUGUGGAAGUCCUUUACGUAAUUCAAUCUUAACUCAUCAUGUUCAUGAAUUAAAAGAUCCAAAAAUAAAUGUUCGUCGACGUAACCAUGAACGUGAAUCUCUUAAUCGUGAUACUUAUAUUGAUGAACGUAGACGUGAUUAUGAAAAUCUAUAUAAUAGGGAUAAUGUGUACGAUGAAAAAAGGAGGGAUGUUGGGUAUGAUGAACGAAAGAGGGAUAUUGGAUAUGAUGAACGAAGGAAAGAUAUUCGGUAUGAUGAACGCAAGAAAGAUAUUGGGUAUGAUGAGCGUAAGAAAGAUAUUGGGUACGAUGAAAGAACGAAAGAUAUUGGGUAUGAUGAAAAAAGGAGAGAUAUUGGAUAUGAUGAAAAAAGGAGAGAUAUUGGAUAUGAUGAAAAAAGGAGAGAUAUUGGAUAUGAUGAAAGAAAACGAGAUAACUUUCAUGAAGAACGAAGACGAGAUAACGUUCAUGAAGAACGAAGACGAGAUAAUGUACAUGAAGAACGAAGGCGAGAUAAUGUACAUGAAGAACGAAGGCGGGAUAGUAGUGUAUAUGAUGAACGUAAACGAGAUAGUGUUCAUGAUGAACGAAAGCGAGAUAAUGUCCACGAUGAACGAAGGCGAGAUAGUGUUUACGAUGAACGAAGACGAGAUAAUAUUUAUGACAGUCAUCAUAAAGAUUACGAUGGUUAUAAUAAAAUUCGACAACAAGAUAAUGGAUUUGAUGGAAGGCGUAAUAGUAGUAGACUUGAUAAUCAUGAUGAUUAUGAACCUAGAUAUAAUAAUAAUAAGAUUUCUGAACAACAUGAACAAUAUAAUAGUCGAGGACACACUCGAAAUUCAUCAUAUGCUUCAUCAUCAAUAAGUUCUGUACUUAAUGAUGACGGACAACCAUUAUCAGCUAAUCAUUCAUAUUUAGAACGUAUAAGACAUAAAUCUAGUUUUAGUGAUACAAGUUCUAUAUCAUCUCCUAGUAGUCCUGCUACUCCAAAUGGUUUAUAUGAUAACAUUGAACAAAGAUGGAAACCGAAUAAUGGUUUGGAUCCGAGAAUUUAUAAAGAACAAACUUAUGCUUCUUCAAUAAUAUCAAAAACGUCUUCGAGAUCAUCUUGGCAAGUAGAUGAUAUUAAUAAAGAUCGUUAUCAUCAUCAUUCAAAUGGUCUAAAUAAACGUCAAUCUCAAUCACAUUUAGCUUCAUUAAUGUUAAAAGAUAGACCUUUAACUUCUAUGGGAAUAAGAUCUCCUUCUACUCCUCGUUCUUAUAGUUCAAUGCAAUCUUCACCAUCUUAUACUAGAGAUUCAAGUCCUACCCGAGAUUCUUUAUAUCAUUCAUCUUCCAGAAGACAUCAUAAUUAUCAACGUGUAACAUCACCAGUUUAUUCAUCACGACCAGUAUCUCGUGCGAGUGUUAGUAGUUCAGCUACUUCUAUUGAAGAAGAAUCUGCUAUACUAACAGAUAUGUUAAAAGAUGCUGAUGGUUUAACAAUGAAAAAUUUGACAUCACAAAUGUCAUUAUUUAAGGCAAGAGAUUUUAAAUCAGUUGCUCCAGGAAUUGAUAUAACGGCUAAACCUAAACCAAAGACUAGUCGAAGUACUCCUACUCCUAGUAUAAAACGAACUUCAACAUUAUCAGUAUCUACCGCCAGUUCACGUGCACUUUCUACACCCACACCAUCGAAAAAAUCAACAAAUAAAACAACAGCCGUAACCGCGAAUGGUACAAAAACUUCAUCAAGAACUCCUUCUAACACGAAAACCGGAUCAAAAACAACACCGGUAGCUAAAGGAGUAAAAGGUACAACUGGAGCAGGUCAACCUAAAUCCAAAAAAUUACCUAAUGGUUCAUCUAACAAAUCAACUAGUAAUUCAGGAAAUAAUAUUAAUAUAUCAUCAUAUCGAGCAGCUUAUCGUCCACCACCACAACCCACAGAUUUUUCAGAAGCUCGAGCAGCAUUAAAUCGAGCGAAAUUGAAGGUGGAAGAAAUGUUAGAAAUUGUUAGUAAUGGUGGAUCACCUUUCUAA